UCACUUUCAAGACUCUUUGCUGACAGUUCUGCAGGAAUCAUGUCCUCGGACUUUGAGGUUUACGAGCAGGAUUUCGGAACACUGACAGCAGACAUCACCAAUAAAGUGGGAAGAAUACCGAAGUUAUCUGGAGAUGACAAGAAAUCCAUGGUGGCAAAUGUGGAAAAGCAAAUGGAAGAAGCUCGGGAACUGUUGGAACAAAUGGACCUUGAGGUGCGUGAGAUACCACUCCAGAGCCGUAGCCUGUUCAGCACCCGAAUGAAGAGUUACAAGCAGGAACUGGCAAAGCUUGAUAAAGACUUUAAAAGGUCACGGAUCGCCUACAGUGAUGAGGUAAACCUGCGAAAUGAGCUCCUAGGGGAUGAUGGGAAUACCACCGAGAACCAGAGAGCACGCUUGUUGGAUAAUACAGAGCGGCUGGAAAGGUCAACACGGAGAUUGGAGGCUGGAUAUCAACUGACUGUUGAAACUGAACAAAUUGGACAGGAGAUCCUGGAGAAUCUGCAUCAUGACAAAGAAAAGAUUCAACGAGCUCGGGAAAGGCUGCGCGAAACUGAUACAAACCUUGGUAAGAGCUCAAGGAUCUUGACAGGAAUGUUGCGAAGGUAAGAUCAAGGAUCAUCCAGAAUCGGAUCCUCAUGUUUAUCCUGGGCGCCAUCAUUCUCCUUACCAUCGCACUGGCCAUUUAUUUUGCUGUCAGAGGCCACUGAUACGUCUCUAUUCUUCUGUGAUUAAUAACGACAAACUGCUUGUUCAGUGUAAUUAGGACAAAUUGGUCACAUGAAUCAUCUUCUUGCACUGACAGAUUCUCCUCUACUGUGCAUUGACUCUGGCUCAAAACAGUGUGUAAAAAAUACUUUAUAUCAUUGUUUGCUUAAUUCUAUUUGUUGUUGUUGAGAAAGUGACUGGGAUUUUUAAUGAAUCUGCCAUCACGAGGACUUCUCGGUUGUUCAGUGCUGGGAGAAGAGGGAGAAAAGUAGAAUCAUUUUAAGUCUUGUUGUGAUGGGGUUGUAUGUUGGUGCGCUACAGGCCUUUGUAUCUGUGUGUAAGAUCUGUCAACAGCUUGCAGGUUAUAUCUACAGAGGAUAAAUGAUGGAGAACUGUGGUUAGCUUUAAAAAAAGACAGAGUGACGCACUGACAUGCACAGCUCCUAGGUCCAAAGGACAAGUGGAUUGCCCAAUUCCUGAUUUUACUUUGGUUUAGAUUUAGGUACACACCUAAUUAAUGAUUGUGACACUCCCUCGCUCACAAAUACAUCAUGUAACAUUAUGGAAAUUACAUUCAUAUACAAAACAAAUAACUAGAAAUAAAUGAUUACCCAAUGGGCCCUACCUGCAGUACUAAUAUUGUAUUAUAAUUAAAUGUUGCUGUGCUAAAAUUUAUAAAGAUUAGAACUGAAAAUUGGCAUUCUGAAAGCUACUGCUACAAUUUUAAAUGCUUCAUGUAAAGUCAGAAAACCUCGAGCAUGCCUGACGUCAGUCCACAGCUACAUGAUGAGGAGCAUUUGAUAUUCUGUUUAAGGCAGGCUGAAUUGUCUUAUUUUGGAACUGGCUUGGUGGGGGGCUUUCUUUGCUUUUGCUUCAGAGCUGAGGGCUUCAAAGGCGGAAAUUAACAGUGAACAAAAUUGUGCAGAUCUGACCAUCCCAUGUGGGUAGAACCCAUUGAGGUUAUCAUUAUCUUAAAUUCUACCAAUUCCACAAACUUCAUCAGAUAAUGACCUCUAUAGUUUUUAUUACCAUGGCAGCACAGAUUGUCUAGCCCACUGUAAAAAAAAAUUGCUCUCUUCACUAUACAUUUUUUUUCUUUUUUUUAAACCUGUCAGAUCAUUUCAGUAUUUCAAACCUGAAGAAAACAGCCUGCCUGGAAAUGUAUUUGAAGUUGUAAUAGUGUCAAAAAGUCACAGUUGACUGACAGAUGUCAGUCCCAGUGGACCUCAUUAAAUCAUAAAAACUUGACAAGGAAAUAAUUGUGCAUCACCAGCAACCUGGCUACUGUUUAAACAUUUUAUUUUGUUUCAUUAUUAGGAUCAACUAUUUUGUUCAUUAAGAAAUUGCAUUAAACAACAGUUUUGUGGCUAA